AUGGCACCUCCAGAGCAGAGAAAACAUGCAUCAACAAUGGCCAAUCAAAGCAAUAACUGGUGCCCUUGUGGCAUUUUAUGUCUCAUAGUCCUCAACAACUUACGUGCAGUUUACUGUGGAGAUGGCAGCGAAAAGAUCCUCAAGAUUGUGUUGGGGUUCAAUCCUUUGACCAUGGUUGGACAUGCUAUAGGUUGUAGGUGGAGAAAUCAAGAUCGGCAAGUGAUUUUGGUUGAGAUAAGUUGUACAAUUGAACGUUUGUCGCACACUAUUGAUGCUGUGCAACAAAAGGAACUCGUGGGAGCGCGAAUUGAGAUUCUAGAAGGUGACUGUGACCCUUUAGACAUACCAGAAGGUGGUCGUAAGGAUGAGACUCAUUCCAUGAUGCUGGAGCCAUAA